AUGGUGGUGGCCGCCGCAAAGAGUUGCUUGUCCUUCUCGAUGCACGGCAUCACGUGCCCCGUCCAAGGUUUUCUUGGGGUCUUCCAUCCCUGCCAGAGCCAUCUUACAUGGAACGCACAUAUGAACUCCUCCAAGUCGAGCGCUCCUAUGCCGCCGUUAGCGAUGGGGGAGCAGCUGCUCGCGCUUAUCGCCAGCGCGCGCGAUCGGGAGCGUGGUCACACCGCGCUAUAUAUAACUGUGGCUCGCACACUCGCUUCCUCCCACUGCUCGAGUAGACGAGAGAUCGACCUUCCCAGACACCGGCGAAAUGGCGCUCCUCCCGCUGGUCCUCGCGCUCCUCGUCGCCUCCGCCGCCGCGCAGCAGCCACCGACGCAGUCGCCGCCGGCUCCCAACGCGCCGCCGUCCAAUACCCCGCCGCCGACGCCCCCGUCACCGACCACGCCUCCCCCUGCACCGCCGGCGCCGACCACCCCUCCUCCGGCUCCCACCACGCCGCCUCCGGCACCGACCACGCCACCCCCGGCGCCCACCACCCCGCCGCCGUCUCCCCCGGCGACGCCCCCGCCCGCUCCCACCACGCCACCCCCGUCGCCGCCGUCGCAGCCUCCUCCGGCCCCCGCCACCCCGCCGCCGUCUCCCCCGGCGACGCCCCCGCCCGCUCCCGCCACCCCGCCCCCGUCCCCGCCCCUGGCGCCUCCUCCCGCCACGCCUCCUCCCCCGGCGACGCCUCCGCCGGCGCUGGCGCCCGCGCCCACCCCGUCCACCGCCCCGACGGUCGCCCCCACCACGGCGCCGACCGUCUCCCCGAUCAGCCCCAAGACGCCCGCCCCCACCGCGGCCACACCCUCGCCGUCGCUCUCCCCCACCGCCACCCCGACGACCGACAACUCCGGCGCCACGACGACCGCGCGCGCGGCCGGCGUCGCCGCGCUCGUGGCAUUGGCGGGCGCCAUCUUGCUUUGAGCCUUCGAGUAGUGUCGCUGUUGCUUUCCUUCCUCCUGUACCACAGCUAGCUGUGCGCGGCGGCACGGCCACGCUUCAGCUCGCUUCUUUCUUUAAUUUUUUUUCUUCUUCUUCUUUGUUUUUAAAUUUUUUUCUUUCGUGUUUGUUAUUUAAAUUUUUACCGGUGGUAUGAUCGAUCGAUCGAUUCUUGAUGUACGAUGCAUUGGUUGUCAGUCCGCAUUUCUUCUGGUGAUCAGCGGGUGGUUGGUGAUGAUGGUUAGUGAAAGAUCUCUUGGUGUCAGCUCGCUAUGUACGUUAAUUACUACUUUUUUUUGGUUCUAUAGAGGGAAGAUUUGUGUAUAUUUUUGGUGUAUCAUUUUCGGUGGCAGUUGAAUAAAAAAUCUCCAUGCAGCUCAUCUACUGCGCUCCAU